UAACCCUGGUGAAUGAAGUAAACUCAUCAUGUGACCUGGCGAUGUCUUCACAAAUUGACCAGUUUUUGAGUCUUACCUAAUGAGCUGCACAAGGGAAACGAACUAGAAAAAGGCCAUGGAUUCCAUCCACAUACUUGAUAGUAACAAGGUACUGUGGUCACAAUUCAGAAUAACCACAAACACACAGAAUUUCCCUGGGAGCAUUAAAGCCUUGAGCUAUAUAUUGUGGUAUACCAGUGAUUGGACUCAGAUGACAUUGUUAAGAGAGAGAAAUAAACCAGAAAGAAAGCGUCUACAUCCUUCAAACCAUUUCAGAAGUUCUUCCAUAACCAGCAAAAAGCCAUCUCUAAGUUUGUACAUGGGUGAAGGUCUCAAGCAAAGCUAUGAUGAAGAGCUAUUCAAUUCUGACUCCUUUCCGAGUAACUCUGAUGACAGCGACGACAAUGAUGACUCCACAGAAGGAGCAGCUUCUUCCUCACCAUCAGCCGAGUCAUCCUGGCUGCCACCAAAGAUGAAUUCAAAUGGACCUCUAUAUGAACUAUCUUCACUCAUGGAGCAGCUACCCAUCAAGAGAGGGCUGUCCAAGUACUAUCAAGGCAAAUCACAGUCCUACACAUCACUGUCUGUGGUUAGCAGCAUCGAGGAUCUGCCAAAGAAGGAGACUCCAUGCAGAAGGAAGAUAAAGCCGUGCAAGAGUUAUGCAGCAGGAAUGGAUGCGAGCCAGAAGUCUGAUCAUGCUCCCGGGUCAUGUAGCAAGACCAUAUCAAAGAAUGCUCCCAAAAUACCUUCUUCUUGUGCUUCUCUGAUGUCAAAAAGCAUUAGCAGCCUUCUUGGUAGCAGCAAACCAACUCCUGUCCCUGCACAGAAAAAUCCAUGUCCUCGUUAAAAUCCAUUCAUAUACAGUUGAUGUUCAGAUGGGAGCAAUUCUUGUGUCAUGUUUCUAUUUGUCUAGUGGUUAUGAAGUUCUUUGUUUUCUAUGAUUUGUACAAUGUUGCUAUCGAAUGAUGAGUUCCAAAAUUUUCAGA